CCUCUGAUCAGACACACACACACACACACACACACUGCACAGACAGCAGCCGCUCUCUGAUCACACACACACUGCACAGACACCAGCCGCUCUGUCAACAUGUUUCUGCUCGGAUUCAGCCUGUGCCUGGCCAUCGUCCAUGGAAUUGUCCCCGAGAUAUCUAAAACAGACUUGGACAUCAUUGCAAACAUGGAAACACAUGUAGAAGAAGGACAAACGACCAUGAGCAAUAUGUUUAAAAAGGUGGAGGAACUGACGGAGGACACGCAGCAGAAGCUGGAGGACGCGGUGCAGCAGAUAGACAAUGAGACAGCAAAAUCCAGCCUCCAUCCACACAAUGUCUCUUCAAAUCUCCAAAAUUACAGCAGUAUUGAAAUCAUAGCUGGGAAUCAAUCCGUUUAUACUGCUGAGAGAAUCAAUAAGACAACGGACAAUUCAACCGAAGAUACAAACUUGACAACCAUACAACCCAGAGAUAAAGAGAACAGCAUUGAUCACACAACGGUCAAUUCAACCAAAGAUACAAACAACAUGACAACCAUACAACCCAGAGAUAAAGAGAACAGCAUUGAUCAUGACUGUAUCAUUGAUGAAGACUGCGAGAAGGGCAGCUACUGUCUCUAUGAAACACAGGGCUCGAGGUGUCUGCCCUGCAAACACACUGAUGCGACAUGCACCAAGGAUGAGGAAUGCUGUGCGGGACAGCUGUGUGUGUGGGGUCAGUGUGCAAACAACACAAAGGGAGAAGCAGGAACUAUCUGUCAGUUCCAAAGGGACUGUAAGGAGGACUUCUGCUGUGCCUUCCAUAAAGCCCUGCUGUUACCAGUGUGCAUCUCUAAGCCAAUAGAACGUGAGCGUUGCAUCAUUGCAGCCAAUCACCUGAUGGAGCUGCUGUCAUGGGAUUUUAAGGGGGAGGGUGCUCAAGAGCACUGCCCAUGUGCCGGUGAUCUGCAGUGCCAACAUCUUGGACGAGGUGCACUGUGCCUGAAGAGUCAGAACUCCAGCGAGGAGGAGCUCGCCGACACACUCUACUCUGAGAUUGACUACAUCAUCUAGUGAGAUGAAGAGAAGCUAAGCUGCUGAAACAGACAUGAACGCUUCAUCACCACUCCAAAGCUUUGUAGGAAACGCCUUCAUUAUAAUCACCCAAACAGUAGUGAAUGUGCCAGAAUCUAAAGACCGUUCACACUGACAGCGAUUUGAAAGUAUCAAGCUGCCCUGGAAGUCAUGCAUUUCUAAAGAAAGUUGGCGAUUUGAAGGGACACAAGUGAUGGUUGGAGACAUGCAACAGUAAAAUGUUAGAUACUGUAGUUGAGCGAGCAACUUUGAUUCAUGCGCCUUUUCAUAGGAUGAUGAUGUGUUUAAUUGGAUUUGUGAUCAGAUUUUCAGCAGUAAUAUUUGGGCAUCCAGCAGGUCAAAUCAUUGUCAGUGUGAACAGCCCUCAAGUGUUGAAGCUCAACUGUGAAGUCUGAGCAUUGGAAAGAAGCACUUAUUAUUAAUGUACAGUAUUAAUGCUUUAGGAAUACAUCAGGCAGCAAAAUGGAAAGAGGAAAACUCAGUUGAGAGCCAAUCCAUCUUAGUUUAGUGUAGCAGUGACGCACCUAUACAAGAAACUUAUUGUAAUUUACCCAUGUAAUGAACACAAACUUGCUCCAGAAAAUAAAAGGUUGAAAAACA